AGCCAAGGUCACCUUGAGCACGAGGGGGACGCAUUUCGGUUCCAGCGUUUGAGGUUUCUAGGCUUUUUUUUUGGUAUUUAUUGGGAGGGCUAGAUAGUAAUUUGCCUGAGGACUAAUUUAAAUAAAAGGCGGAUCGAAUGUAAGAGCCAGCAAAGAUAAAGGGAUGACUGAGGUACUUAGGCUGUGCGAGGAUAUGCAUGGUUAUACUGGCUCAGACUGCAGUUUGUAGUGGGAGCUCUCUGCGUGCAGUGUGUGAUCUUCAGUUCAACUCUUGUGUCAUGGAUGAAACUGCUUUGUCCCUUGGAACAAUAGAUGUUUCCUAUUUGUCCACCUCAGCAGACUGCAGCAUCAGUAGAUGUAAGCAUUCCAGUGAAGAGUGGGGAGAGUGCAACUCUCGUCCCACUCUGUUCCGAUCUGCCACUUUAAGAUGGAAGGAGGCUCUGCUGAGCAGGAAAAGGCCGUUUGUGGGACGAUGUUGCUAUGUAUGCACUCCCCAGAGCCGGGAUAACUUCUUCAAUUCUAGUAUUCCUUCUUUGGGUCUACGUAAUGUCAUAUACAUCAAUGAAACACAUACAAGGUACAGAGGGUGGCUUGCAAGACGCUUUUGUUAUGUCCUUUUUGUGCAAGAGAGGGAUGUUCAUAAGGGUAUGUUUGCCAAGAAUCUGACAGAAAAUGUGCUGAAUAGCAGCAGAGUCCAGAAGGCCAUUGUAGAUGAAGCUUCUGAACCAAGUACUCCAGGUAGUUUUGUUCAGACGGAUCCUAAAGCUAUCAACAAAGUGAAGAAAAAAGCUAGGAAAAUUCUCCAGGAAAUGGUGGCAAAUGUGUCACCUGCUUUAAUCAGGUUGACUGGCUGGGUGUUACUGAAGUUGUUUAACAGCUUCUUCUGGAAUAUCCAGAUCCACAGAGGUCAAAUAGAAAUGGUCAAAGCAGCAACAGAGAUGAAUUUGCCUCUUAUCUUUUUGCCUGUUCACAAAUCCCACAUUGACUACCUGCUUCUUACAUUCAUUCUUUUCUGCCAUAACAUCAAAGCACCCUACAUAGCUGCAGGGAACAAUCUCAACAUCCCCAUCUUCAGCACAUUGAUCCGCAAGCUGGGAGGAUUUUUCAUCCGUCGGAAGUUGGAUCAGAACCCUGACGGUCGUAAGGAUUUCCUGUACAGAGCUUUGCUCUACGUGCACAUAGAAGAAUUGCUGAGACAGCAGCAGUUUCUAGAAAUAUUCUUGGAAGGCACACGGUCUCGAAGUGGAAAGACAUCUGGAGCUCGAGCUGGGCUUUUGUCUGUGGUGGUGGAUGCUCUCUUCUCAAAUGCUACUCCCGAUGUCCUAAUUAUACCUGUGGGAAUCUCCUAUGAUCGCAUAAUUGAAGGUCACUAUAACAGUGAACAGCUGGGCAAGCCUAAGAAGAAUGAAAGCCUUUGGAGUAUAGCUAGAGGAGUCUUCAGAAUGCUGCGGAAGAAUUAUGGGUGUGUCAGAGUAGAUUUUGCACAACCAUUUUCCUUAAAAGAAUAUGUAAACAGCCAAAGCCAAAAACCUGUGCCUGCUCCUCUUUCUUUGGAACAAGCUUUGUUACCAGCUAUACUUCCAUCAAGAUCUAAUGAUACGGUGGAUGAAAGUGCAGAGGCCUCGCUGCCCAACUCCAGGGAUAUCACCAGCGAACCCUUCAGGAGAGAGCUGAUAUCCAACUUGGCUGAGCACAUUUUGUUCACUGCUGACAAGUCCUGUGCUGUGAUGUCUACCCACAUUGUUGCCUGUUUGUUGCUGUACAGACACAGGCAGGGAACUGAUCUUUCCAGACUGGUAGAAGAUUUCUUCUCUAUGAAGGAGGAGGUUCUAGCCCGUGACUUUGACUUGGGAUUUUCAGGGAACUCAGAUGAUGUUGUCAUGCAUGCCAUCCACUUGUUGGGGAACUGUGUAAAUAUCACAAACACGAGCAGAAACAAUGAGUUCUUCGUCACUCCCAGCAUCACAAUACCUGCUGUCUUUGAACUCAACUUCUACAGCAAUGGACUACUUCAUGUAUUCAUUAAAGAGGCUGUUAUUGCCUGCAGUCUUCACGCGAUUCAGAGCAGGAGGUGCAGAAAUGGUACCAGUGGUGCUUCUCCCAGUUUAAUCAGUCAGGAACACCUGGUCAGAAAAGCUGCCAGCUUGUGCUAUUUGCUUUCUAAUGAAUUCACUGUAUCUUUGCCUUGCCAGCUGAUCUAUCAAGUUUGCCAUGAGUCUGUGGAAAGGCUGAUCCAGUAUGGCAUUCUCCUGGUGGCUGAGCAGGAUGAUCAGGAGGAUGUUAGCCCCAGUCUUACAGACCAGCAGUGGAAUAAAAAACUCCCUGAGCCAAUAUCUUGGAGAAGUGAUGAGGAAGAUGAAGACAGUGAUUUUGGAGAGGAGCAGAGAGAUUGCUACUUGAAGGUGAGCCAGUCUCAAGAGCACCAGCAGUACAUCACUUUCCUGCAGAGGUUACUGGGACCGUUACUGGAGGCAUACAGCUCUGCUGUCAUCUUUGUGCACAAUUUCAGUGGUCCUGUUUUAGAGUCUGAAUAUAUUCAGAAGCUACACAGGCACUUAAUAAGCAGGACGGAGAAGAAUGUUGCUGUGUAUGGUAUGUUAAACUGCUUUUGGAACUGGUUCUGUUCUUUCUACCACGAGGUAGCCCAAAUUGAACUUCAGUUUGUUUAUCUCUGGGUUUUCUCUCUUGCAGCUGAAAGUGCUACCUACAGUCACGUGAAAAAUGCGGUGAAAGUCUUCAAGGAAAUUGGAGUUUUCAAGCAGACUCAGCAAAAGAAAGAUGUCAUUUUGGAGCUUGGCACUACGUUCCUACCUCAGCGCAACAGGCAGAGACUGCUGGAAUUCGUCAUGAGCUUCAUGGUGUUAUAGACCACACACAGCACCUUUGUCCAGGGACACGAGGACAGGUUUUGAGACUGUGGCAAAGCCUGGGGACAUUUGCUAAUCCUUCAAACUGUAAGGUGCCACUGUCUGGGUAAGGCCUUCUCUGACUUGAACUACUGGAAGACAAGUGCCUUCUUACGUGUGCAUUUAUGGAUUUCUUACAGUCCCAGUCCUGUUGUAAUACAGCGAAACUCAGAUGACACUUUCGAUACAAGUAAUUAAACAUGUUGCAAAAAAUGAGAUAAAUUAUUAGAAUUAGAUGUAAAAAAAGUUUUAUCAGUGUUACAUUUUAAGUGAACUUUUAAAGACUGUAACAGAUGCACAAGUACACAUAUUGGUGUUCUGUAGCUAACCCUGAGAUCUUGAGUUUAGUGGCAACACAGCUUAUGGCUUAACCAAGUAACUUUCAUUCCAAUUCAGUUUUAUUGUUUUAAAUAAAUGGUUUAAAAUUUUUGCUUAGGUAGGCUAUAUACUUCAUGGAUAAAGCCAUAGUUUUUCAUAAGUGUUAACAUAAAUGCCAAAAUUCUAAUGAAAAUUACAGGUACAGAUAUCUGAGAAUAAUAAUCAUGUAGCAGGUGAUUGUGAGAAUCAGCAGCAGGCCCACCUUGCACUAUUAAAACUGUGUAGUGCAGUGGUAAAUUGCACUAAUCACUGCUGUCAGGAAGAAUGUGAGAGUAGUGUUGUUUUUAUUAUGGCAUCUGUCAUUCAGCCACAUGAGUCAGGAGACAGUUGCCUGAAUGUGAAUAUCUUGUAAAAUCUUAGAUUAUUAUUUAAUUGAAAAAAAACCUAAUAAGUUCAGGGGGGCGGUUUUGAUUUUGUUUUGUUUUAUUUUUAAUUAAUAGGAUGUCAGAUUUUUUUAAAGUGGAGUAAAGACUUGAUUCAGUGAAAUAAGUUUUAAUUUUGUCCCUCAAAAGUUCAGCUAUAUUUUUGUCAGUUCUUUGGAAACAAGUGUUCAUAUUGUAUUCUGUUGUUGAACAGACCUAAAUUGGCAUGAAGUAGUACCUGUAGACACACAGAAAUAGAAACAAUGUACUUUUGACUGUGAUCUGACUUACAGAAAAAUUAAUUCAUAGGCAAAACUGAAUGAUGAAUAAAUUCUGUCCUAUGAAACAGGACUCUGGUGUUGCAAUUUGAUCCUUUUUCAUGGAGGACUUGCACUGUAGAUAUCAUCUACUCUUCAUGUGAGGGCAGAUUAGAUUGCAGCCUGUAGUCCUGUAUUUUAGUACAGCUGAUUUAGCUGAAGCAAUAACUUGGUGGUAUGUGAAGCUGGUUUGCUUGUGAAAUGUGUUUUCCCUCCUUUCUGCCUUCUAGAUGAGGGAAAUUAAACAUUUCCUUUGCUGCAUUACUUUGCUUGAUUCUCACAUCCUCGCCUUGUGAGCAGAAAAUCCCCCAAACUUCAUCAUGUAAUCUGUUGCUUAACACAAACGUGGAAAAGCAUACUUGAAUCCCAGCACUUGCACUGUUAUGCCAGCACAAAACUGAUGCACACAAUUCGAGUUUGUGGCCAAGGAGCUUGCAUUUCUACUGCACAUUUGUCAACAAGAAUAUUUCUGUAAAUUUUUUUAUUAAAUGCUAUUAAUAUUUGAAAGCUGCAGUUUAUAGUUUAUUAGCAUUAUACUGUUAGCACUGUGAGAUGCAUGUGUUUUGUCACUAAACCAGGUGCUCUACAACACUUAAAAAAUUUCUGAACCAAAGCUACAUUAAUAUGGAUAAACACUGACCCUUGAGUCGCUUGUGUUCUUACAUCCUUCUGCUGUCUCAGCAGGACUGACUGCAUCACACAUGAUUUGUUUUGUGAAGUCUACCAGCUGUUUAAGCUGUUUAGAAAACAGUUUCAUCUCAUACUCGCUGAUGUGCACUGUUCAUCCACUUUUCCAUACAAUGUUUGUUGCUGAUGGCUUCCAUUUAAUAUUAAAAAAAAAAAUCUAGGUGCUUCUGAAUAACGAGCUCUCAUAGUUUACUGCACUUCAGCAAAUCUGAAGUGUACUAACAGCAAAGAUUGUACAUAAAAAAAAAUUUAAAAAUGAAGCAAUAUGAAGCAAACAAAACUUGAGUCGUUUUAUUAAGAAUGUUUUGCCAACAGAGGUAUUAGUUAACAUAAAACCCAGGAGUACUGCAGUCACUGGAGUGUUCUGGCUAGGUGUUGCAACUAAAAAAAUUUAUGGCUUACAUUGAAAAGAAAUUAAAAAAAUAAAUCCGGUUAACAUAAAUCAAUGAGUGGGUAAUAAUGCAUGUGAAUGCACAUUAAUGGAUACUUAUAUAUGCUGGGGGAGGGGCACCUCUAAAACUGUUUUGGUUUUGUAUGAAAAAAAAAACCAACCUGCAUGUGAUAGAUUGGUAUUAUGAAUCAUAUGCCACUGGAAGCCCUUGCAUUCUGCAGCAAGUGUGUAUGUAUACAUGUAUAUAUGCUAGUGUGUAUGUUCUGACACACAACAUCUAUGCUUUUUCCUGAAAUUAAAGCACAGAAUGUAAAAUUAUCAGGCUGUAACAGUCAAAAAGACUAAAACCAACACUUGCACUGUAUUUACACCUUCAGUGUCUUCUGAUUUUAAUAACUUUUCAUGUUUGCUUUGCUGUUUGAAUUCCAGGUCGAGUUGAUUUCAGUAAAGUAAACCAGUAAAAGAGAAAGGACUGGCCCUGAAUUACCACAACUGUAUUUUAAGACUUUAUAAAGACUUACACGAGUCUCGUAAUUCUUAUGAGCAUCAUACUCAGGUGUGCAGAUCUUCUUGGGCCAGUGUCUUUCACGCUGUGAGAAACUUAACCUCUCCCCACACAUGCUGUAGAUGUCGUGUUUUUAGGGUGAUGGAAAGCAGGGCUCGCACUCCCCGCGGUUCCGUGCCCGCAGUCCUGGGCUCUGGGCAGCACAGGGCUGCACUCACACCUCUCAGCAGGAAACACAGGCACACGCUUGCUUUCAGCUGCCUGCCUGCUCCUCAGAGACCUGCCCCAAGCACCACGUGGAAGAAGGUUGAGCUGGGAGGUGAUGUAUGAUACUGUUGUUUUUGUGUUUCUGUGCUGAUGAGCCGGGAACUGCUGACUGGAGAAUGUUACUGUGUUUUACCUGUUAUGUGUAAUGUGUGUCUGUUGUAGAAGCACAGAGGUGUACUGGAGUCAUUUUAAUAAAUUAAACUGUUUGCUAAUAUGACAUUUAA